AUGCUGCCGGGAAGACUAUUACCGACGUCACUGGCAUCAAAACUACAAAUCUCUCUCCGUUCCAUUGUAACAGGCUCCUCAUCACCAUCUCCGCCAAUGUCUGGUCUUCCCGCGCAGCGCGUCGUGGUCUGCGGUGGCGGAGUCAUCGGCGCCUGCACGGCUUACUACUUAUCCAAAAAGGCCGCAGCCGUCACGCUCGUCGAGCAAUCCUCCGUGGCUUGCGCCGCCUCUGGCAAGGCCGGCGGGUUCCUCUCUCUCGACAUGUGCGACGGCGAGCCUAUCGCCGCCCUCGCUCGCACCGGCUACAAUCUCCACCGUUCGCUCGCCCAAGAGCUCAAUGGCCCGGAGUCGUACGGGUACCGCCCGCUCACCUCCCUGCUCGUCACCGUCAAGGAAUCUUCGUCCGCACAGCCCAGCGAGGGCCUGCCUUCUUGGGUUGACGGGCCGGCUGCCGGCCCAGAAACGGUUUGGACAGCGGAAACAACGGCUCAACUGCACCCGCAGUUGUUUACCAGGGCUGUUCUGGCGAAGGCGGUGGAGAGUUAUGGUGUGGAGGUGGUGAUGGGGAAAGUGGAGAGGGUAGGGGUGGUGGAGGAGGAGGAGGAGGGAAGAGGGCGAGUUGACUCUGUGGUUUUGGCGGGUGGGCGAGUGAUCGAGGCGGACUCGGUGGUGUUAGCACUUGGGCCGUGGAGCGGAAAGUUUGAGAUGUUGAGUUCAUUGUUCAGGGUAUAUGGGAUCCGGACACAUAGUAUAGUCUUAGAGCCUAAAAACCCAGAUGUUCUAACGCCACAUGCUGUUUUCUUGGAUUACUAUCCGGCCGAGGGAGGUCACAUGGAACCCGAGGUGUAUGCCCGCCCGACAGGGGAGGUGUACUUGUGUGGGGUUUCAUCACAGAUGGAGGUGCCAGAUGAUCCGGAACAGAUAACUGUCAACCCCGAGUCAAUAAAGGUGUUAAAGAGAGUGGCCGGGACUCUGUCAAGCCAUUUAGCAGCAGGAGAGGCACGAGUGAAGGCAGAGCAAGCCUGCUUCUUGCCAUACACGGAUGAUAAAGUGCCUGUAAUAGGUGAGCUUCCUGGGGUGAAGGGAUGUUAUGUGGCCACCGGGCAUUACGCUUGGGGGAUUCUUACUGGUCCUUCGACUGGUGCUGCAGUUGCUGAGCUUGUUUUAGACGGGCAAUCUAAAAUUGUUGAUCUCACAAAUUAUAGUCCAGCCAGAUUUGUUGGUGGGCAGAGAAAGGAUUAA